CCCCGCUGCAUCCUACGCGCUCGGGAGUGCCUCGGGAGGUAGGGGAAGACGCCGCCGCCGCCACGCGCUCUGGACGAGUACGAGUCCGCGUGGCCGCAUGUCGUGGCGGCGCAGGUGCUGCACGCCUACCUCCCGAACCAGCACAUCGCAGAGCAGGGAGAGGUUCCCACUGGGCAGGGACUGCAGCUUGGAGAUGGCCUUGUCGACGUCGAUCCGGUGCAAGAUGGCGUAGAAGGGCUUCCCGGAGGUCCUGGCGGAGCUCGCCCGGGCCCGCCCGCCUGCGUGGCCGGGGCGGAGCUCGCCCGCGCCCGCCUCUGCGUGGCCGCGGAACACCGCCGCGCACAGGCUCGAGCCGCUGGAGCGAGCUGCUCGGGCGUCCACGGGCACCGCUCGCCUCCACGCCAUGCUGGGCACCGUCUUCUCCCUUUGCGUCCCGCGCAUCGGGCUCCAGGGCAACACCACCGCGCCGACGCCGCCCGCCACGCCGGCUCUGCCAAGUCGCACGGCCAUGCGGCCCUCGGCGUCUUCCUCGACAUGCUCAGGCCACCGUCGCCGCAAGCAGUCGCCCACGCCUAGGCACCCGCGGCCGACCAGCUCCUGCGCCGCGCGAUCGACAAUCUGGCCGCGGCAGCUUGUUGUGGUGAAUGGAGAGAAGGAGGAGGAGCAGAGGAGAGACAGACGAGAGGGUGGGGGGACAACGAGUGGAAAAAAUUUCACCCCCACCUCAGCCCUACCUUCACUCGUUUUGCACGAAGCCCCCCCACAAGCACAACAAACACAUAUCCCCGCCUCCCCGCUGUGUUCUUCCUCAUCUACCCACUGCGCACGGAGGCUGUUCCCGGCGACGGGCGGUGAAUUUCCCAGCGACGAGAGAGCCUGGAUUCUGAAGUGCAGGCAGAUCCACACCGUCGGUCCUGCUCCUCCGACGGCCGCUUCUCCUCCCGCAAAGUCCAGCGCCGCCACUGGUGCUGUGGUCGACAAAAGCUACCUCACUUCUAGUGUUGCAGCGAAGAAAUAAGAAGCCAGGAACCCCUUCUAAACGGAUUCAGCCUGUGCAGUAUUCCAAGAAUUCUGAAGAAACCCCAAGGAAAGAGACCCAGAGGAGGGCGGGCAAGAUGAUCAGUGUUGGGAAGACGAAGCAGUAUGCAAACGUUCUCGACAAGCUCCUCAGCCGUGGCAGACAGGAGGUCAGUUUGAGUGCAUUCGCAUUCUUGUUCUCGGAGGUGGUUCAAUACAACCAGACACAAGUUGACAACAUUGCUGACCUGGAACGAAGGCUGGAGGACGCUGGUUAUGCUGUUGGUGCUAGAGUUCUUGAACUGCUGUGUCACAGGGAGAAGGGGAAUAGACGAGAGACUCAACUGCUGGGGAUUUUAUCAUUCAUUCACAGCACUGUAUGGAAAGUACUGUUCGGAAAGGUGGCUGACUCGCUUGAGAAAGGAACAGAACAUGAGGAUGAAUACAUGAUUAGUGAAAAGGAGCUUCUUGUUAACCGGUUCAUUUCCGUGCCGAAAGACAUGGGGGCAUUCAACUGUGGAGCUUUUGUUGCAGGGAUUGUAAGGGGCGUAUUGGACAAUGCUGGUUUUCCAGCGGUAGUUACGGCACAUUUUGUGCCAAUUGAAGGCCAGCAGAGGCCCAGGACAACAAUCUUGAUUAAAUUUGCUGAAGAGGUUUUACGUCGGGAAUCAAGACUUGGCUGAAAUGCACACCAGGCUAUUUCUUCUGUUCUGUUUGUAAGAUGAAUCCAUUUCAAAUAUGUUUUGUUCUUGAUUUAUGUAAUACUAAUAUACUGGUAAUUUUCCAUCGAAAAGGUAUACUGGUAAUUUUGAGAAUAUAAGCAGUAGCCUCAUUUUAUGAGUGUCUGACACAGGAAUACUAGCAAAUUGUAUGUGCAGAAGGGAAACAUCAAAAAGAUUAGAAGAGCCCACGGGGAAGUUGAAAAGUGGACUAGUUGCUUUCCUGCA